AAGCGCUUGACGUAUACUGUAAAAUAACGUCUUUUUACACCCUAGGUAGUGCACUACUUUUUAACACAGUGGUAUUUGUGGAUUGAGCCACGUAGCUAUAAGUGUUUAGUUCCCAUUCUUCAUUCAUGUUGUCUAGAAAGUCAAGAAGCAUAUGAUAUAUAAUCAGUGUACUGAUUUGUUAUGAUGGUCUGUUGAAUGAGCAGUAUGGGCAGAGGCUACAUUGUUGAAGAGUGUGUGGAGAAGUACCUGACUAACCUGUCAGCAGCUGCUGGGUCAUGUGAGACUGGACUUUUCAUCGGCCAGUGUUCAGCACAGAGGGACUUUGUGGUUCUGGCUGUGCGGACACCUCACAGAGAGACGGAGGGAGCCACAGAGAGCCAGAGAACGCCAAUCUUACUGGACAACAUUGAUGUGGAGUGGGUUGCCGAGCAUGCCAGACAGGUUUCUCGGAUGCUCCCUGGCGGCGUGAGCGUUCUCGGGUUGUUUCUCAUCGCCCCACCUGAGGUGUCAAAAGAAGUGCAGAACACGCUGAAAAAGCUUGUCUUUGCUGUGGAUAAAUCCAUAUCCAAAAGCAAGCUGUGGGAUCCGUCAGAGGAUGAUGUGACUGAGCGCAUCACCCUGCACAUCUGUUCCAAAACAAGGAAAGCUGUCUGCAAAACAUUUGAUGUUAAAGAUCCAAAGUGUUCAGCGAAGCCUGCAGAUUGGAAGUAUCAGAGUGGCAUCUCAUCUUCGUGGCCUCUGAUCACCUGCAAUGUGCAGCUCGACUUGCAGAUCCCGGUCACAUCAGAAAAUGUCGACAAGUUCAUAAAGGAUGGACUGAGGAACUGGGCUAAACAGAUCGAGUCUGCACUCUGUCUCAUAAACGGCAAAGCUGUAACAGAUGACUCCGAGCUACUAUCAGGGCCGAAAAAGAGCACGAAGGCGAGCCAGCAGCAGACAGUUCGAGCGCAGAUCCUCGUCUCAGCAGAUGAUGCAGAUGCAGGCCAGGUGUCCAGUGCUGUGGUGAAGGAGUGCAGUGGCUCAGUGUGUCUGAGAGGAGUAGUUCACUGCAGAGCUUACAUUCACACCAACAAACCUAAAACCAGACACGCCGCACAGGCACUCAAAAGGGAUGUAGUGAACACGGUUUUCAGCCGAGUGGAGAUGCUUCUGGAGGAUCUGCUCAUGAAUGAAGCAGCAGAUCUGGCGUCUGGGGAGCAGGUUCUUCCACGGCGUGUGUUUGCCCCCAUAUCCGGCUCUGGCUUGAGUGUGUGUGACUACAUUUUCCCAGAUGAGAGCACUGCGGAUGUGGCUGAGCGGUUUAAAGAAAUGCUAGGUUGUGACUUACCAGAAGAGGACGUGGACACCAGCAUGGAGGCUCAGACAUGUUACUCUGUUUCGGGAGUGGAAGAUGGGUGUGAUGAAGAAGCCAAUCACAAUGUGCCUACACAAUCCGGCGCUGAAACUGUGCCAAAAACUAAAGCAGCAAGACAAUAUGCAGCAGGCAUGGCGGUGGCAGCUGCGGUUGCCCUCUUGGCCACAGCAACCUCUCUACUCUAUCUUACUGAGUAACAGCAAGACCACAGUUGUUUAUAACUUCAUCAGAAAUUAAUAAACUAUAGAAAAUUA